AUGAAAUCUUACGUUGAAGAAAAAGUUGUUUCUUUGUCUCGAAAGUUUUACUAUCAAAAUCAAUCGAAUUUUAUAGAUGAACAUUUGACUAAAUGCUUGAAUAUACUAUUAAAAAAAUAUCCGAAGAUUAAAUUUUCAAUAAUUUCCAACCUUUCAUUAUUAAAUGGAAAUUUAAUUGUUGUAACAGUAGAAUCUUUAAAUCAUGAUUUAUCUUAUUUAGACGAUGCAUCAAAUUUUUUUUAUGAAACAACUAAAGAAUUCACACUUUCUCAUAAUGAUAUUAUUUCAAAUGAUAUAUUAAAUAUGGAAUAUUUUAUUUCAACUUUAUCAGAUGAGAAGUGUGAUGAAGAGUUAAAAAAAAAAAUUUCAAAAUCAUUUCAAGAUAUAUUUUAUAUACUUUCAAUGUAUUCAUUGUCUCAAAUUUUCAUAUCAUUUAAUGGUGGAAAAGAUUGUACACUAGCAUUACACCUUUUUUCACUUUGUUUAAAAUCAAAAUAUCCAACUUUAAGAGAUUCUAUACAGGCAUUUAUUCAUAAAACAUCUGAAGAAUUUACGGAAAUUGAACCAUUUAUAAAUAAAGUUUGUCCAUUAUAUAAUAUCUCAAAACAUGUAUAUUCCCUUUCAAUGAAAGAAUCACUUUCUAAAUUAAAAAAAGAUUUUCCCACAGUUUUUCCAAUAAUUAUGGGAACUAGAUAUAUGGAUCCUGCUGGUAAAUAUAUGAAAUCAAAUAUUUGUGAAACUGACAAUGAUUGGCCAAAAUUAUUACGUGUAUGUCCAAUUUUUGAUUGGAAUUAUCAUGAAGUUUGGAGGGUUAUAAAAACAUUGAAUAUACCAUAUUGUUCACUUUAUGAUGAAGGGUACACCAGUUUAGGUGAAAAAAGAAGUACAAUAAAAAAUGAAGAAUUAGUAAGAAAAGAAAAUGGAAAUAUUAUUGGUUAUUAUCCUGCAUAUAAAUUAAAAAAUUGUGAAUUAGAAAGAGUUAAUAGAAAGAUAAUUUAA